AAAACCAGAAACACAAUGGUCCUGUAAUGUCAGAGACAUCUGAGAUCAGAGCAUCGCCUUGACGGAACGGAAACGGUGUAUGGACCUAAUGAUGAUGAAAAAGAAGAAAUUUAAGUUCAGGGUGGAUUUUGAUCUGGACGAGCUGUCGUCUGUUCCCUUCGUGAACGGUGUCCUCUUCUGUAAAGUGAGGCUGCUGGACGGCGGCUUCUCCGAGGAGUCUUCGAGGGAGCCAGUGCAGGCCAACUGUGUUCGAUGGAGGAAGCGGUUCUCCUUCCCUUGCAAAAUGAGCGCCAAUGCAGGAACUGGUGUUCUGGACCCGUGUGUGUGUCGUGUGUCUGUCAGAAAGGAGCUUAAAGGUGGAAAGGCAUAUGCAAAGCUUGGCUUUGCAGAUCUGAAUUUAGCAGAGUUUGCCGGCUCAGGAAAUACAACUCGGAGGUGUCUGCUGGAAGGCUAUGAUACCAAAAAUACGCGACAAGAUAACUCCAUUCUCAAGGUCAUUAUCAGUACACAGUUGAUGUCGGGGGAUCCUUGUUUUAAAACACCUCCCUCCACAGCCACAGUGAUUGGCAUCCCAGGUGAUGGAGAGAACCUGCUGGAGGAGAGGAAAGGAGGAGAUUCACAGAAAGGCUACUGUGGAGAGACUCGAGAAGGAAAAUGUCCCGUUGUGUCAGAUGAUCUUGGGGGUUGCGGCCACUCCCGAACAUCUAGCUACGCCAGCCAACAGUCCAAACUCUCAGGCUACAGCACAGGUCACUCCCGCUCAUCCAGCAUGUCAGAGUUCAGCCAUCGGAGGAAUCACUCGGUGGGCAGCGCCUCGACGGGCAUCGGAAGUAUUCCGGAGCCCAGCGAGGAACGAGAGUCCAGACCCCAUCCCGCUCUGCCUGAGCACCCAGCUCCAACAACCACCACUAGCAACCCAUCAUGCACACCAGUGCAGAGCGCCUCAUCCUGCGAACGACUGAACAGACAUCCCAUCAAACAGGACUCCAUGGAGUCUCAGCUGAAGAGGAUGAAUGACACGAGGGUGGAUGCUGAUGAUGUGGUGGAAAAGAUUUUACAGAGUCAAGACUUUACACCCAGCCUACUGGACUCCAGCACUGAAGAGGAAGGCUUACGUCUAUUUGUCGGGCCAGGAGGAAGUACAGCCCUUGGAAGCCAUCAUCUUCCCACCAGGGUCGGUGCUGGAGCAUAUGAACAGGUGGUGAUGAAGCGUUAGGACUCAGCCUCUCCGCGACAGACUGGCGAUGACUCCACAUUAAAUAUGGAAACACAUUGUGUUUCCAUUUCUAUCUUCAUUCCUACAGCGCACAUGGUAUUUGAUCAGCACUGUGUCAAAUCCAAUCACUCAGAUUCUGUAUACUGAAAUAGUGCCCUCUUGUGUUUAUAUCUGCCACAGACUAAUGCUGCAGUUUCAGUAGUUAUAAGAGCAAGAAGUGGUCAGAUAUAAAUGAUGCAUAAAGGGAUAAAUGGGGAAAUCUAAAUUAUUUAGAAACGGCAUAACCUAAACUGUUAAAAAGCAUUCAUGGGGGGGUUAUUGUGGCUGUCAGAGCUAAAACCAUUCAGUUUGUGUGAGUGCAGGAAGACGUACACAUCCUGCAGGGUUUAAGCAUUUUAACAGGAACUGGAAGAAUGACAGGAGAGUGAAAUCUGUGUGCGUCAUCCAAAUGAACUAGAAUCUAGUGUUCUCGAUACAUUCCUUUUCUCUCUGAAUGUUCUGAGCAUCUUUUAAUUUAGGGUGUUCUGUUCAAAUUUGCCUGUAAGCACCAAAAUAUUGACAACUUGUGUUUUUAAGGCGAGAAUAUUUUACUACAAAAAGACAUAACUUAAGCUAUUUUAUGUGUGAACAUGGACUGUGG